UGUAUGUGUGGCGUCACAUCCAAAACAAAAACACCGAAAGUACGGACAUUAUUUGAACAACUGCCGUGGUUUGUGGUUUGGAGUUUGGUGGUACCGUUGUCUAUUUAAGAGCUCCGCGAAGCGGGGUCGCGAGGAGUCCAGCUGAGCACUCGAAGCGGAAGCAACAUGCGUUUUAUUUUCGUGACCCUUCUCUUGGCCAUCAUCCAGCAGUCCGCCGGCGGCGUGCAGGUGCAAACAGAGCACACUAUUGUCGAGUGGAGCUGGCGGGACAGCCAGGGCAACGGAGAUUCCGGUGGCUACCAGUACACCACAACGCUGGAUAGUGAGGAUCUGGUCGAUGACGAUGGUGAUGACGAAGAUGAAGAUGAGCUCGAGGCAGAGCAGCUGCUCGCCCAGGCCAGUGCGGCCAACUUGGACGAGGACGAGGAGAGUUGCGAGUAUAGCUGUCCGCGGUACUACCGGCCCGUCUGCGUGCUCCGCAACGGCCGCCAAGUGACCUUCGCCACGCCCUGCGAGUUCCACAACCAAGUCCGUUGCGCCAGCGUCCUGAGGAGCAAAGGUCUGGGGCUGUCGGUGCCUGUCUUUCAGUACCUACACAAUGGCGCCUGCUAA